AUGAUCCUCAAAAAUGAGCAAAAUGAAAUUAAACAAAUCCUUUCUUAAAAAAAGGAAUAGUUUGCUGUUGAGAUAAGGAGAAGAAAAAAUUAGUGCUAGAUUGAGAAAAACAGGUAAAUUAUAGCCUUGAAAUUCAAUGAGAACAUUCACACCAGAUAUGAAGAAACAAACGCAGCUCAAAUUUAUGAGUAAAUCGUGAAAGAAUAUAGCUAAUAGAAUAAUUAGUCAGGUAUAGAUUCUUCUCCUAGUAUACUGUUGACAGAUGAAGAAUUUUAAUUGCAUUUAAAUAACUUAGAGAACUAUACAGGAAAUAUUUAGUUUUAUUGCAUUUUGAAGUCACUUAUUUACAUUAAUGCAUAUUUAAGGAUGAAUAACAUGAGUAGGAUUAACAUUUCUCAAAAGAUGAUAGAUAAUUUAGCUGAUAUUUCAGUUACUUAUGAGAAUUAACAGACAUCUGAAAAUUAUUAUCUCUCUAUAAUGGCUUUGUAAUCAAUUUCUGUGAUUUCUUAUUUUCCAAUCAAUGUUGAUCUUUUCUCAGAAAAACUAUUUAAAUCUUUGUUCACUUGGGUUGACUCUAAUAUGAUCCAAUUAUAAUGCAAUAGUUUCUAAGCUAUUUAUUUAGUAUCAUGCUCAGAUGAAAGCAUUAUGUAGAAGCUUAUUGUGUAGUAUGAUCUAUUAAAUAUUUCUUUAAAUGCACUUAAAAACACAAUUAGUAGGUUAAAAUCGAUUGUUUCAAGUAAAAGCUCAAAAAAACUAAACUCCUAAAACAAUUUAGAAGAAGUGCUUAGAUAGUUGGUGUUGUAAAUAAUUAGAAUAGUUUAAGAUUAUCAAAUAUUAACUAUGAAAAGUAACAGCAGAUUAGAUCAUUUACAUUUUAACGAGUUACUUAUUGAAGCAGCUUCUAAAAUAUUAUUAGAGCAUAGCGUAGUGGAUAUUUCUUCUUCUAUUAUUUGUGGUUAAAUAAUAAAAUUAUCUUUAAAUUCUGAAAUAACCUUUGAAAUUACAUUGAAAAAUAUUAUUAAUUCAAAUAUCAUACCAAUAUUUUAUGAAAUAAUUGGAAAAUAUGUCAUGAACUACACAGAAUCUAAAUCAUAUUAACAAUUAGUAGAAACCAUAACAAAUAUCAUAUGCAUAAUAUCCUCAUGUGAUGAUCAAAAUAUUUCAUAAAUUGUUUAUCAGUCAAACAGUAAUCUAAGUAUUCUCAUUGACCUCCUAAUUAAAGAGAGAUCUAAAAUAAAUAUAACUUCUCUUAAAAUAAUUCAUAAUAUUUGCUUUGAUAAUCCAUUUGCUUAAAACUAUGUUAUAGAAAGUAAUGCCUUUUGGUAGAAUUUAGGAUUAAUAAUAUCUUAUUCAAGUAGUUAAGAAUUGGUGAAAGAAAUUCUUCUUUUGUUGUUUUAAAUGGUAGAGCAAGUAACAAACAACAUCGCAAACAAAUUUAUUGAGUAAAAUGGGUUUUAAAUUAUAUACUAAAUUUUGUACAAAUUUUAAACCCCUCAAUUCAUAAUAAUUUCAUUUGACAUCUUGAACGCCUUGUUCGACUACAUCAUCGAAGAGAAAAUAGACUAAAAUCUAGAAAAAUUCACUUAAUAAUGCUCAAAAUUUUAAAUUAUAUAAUUAGCUGAGAGUUUUUGCUCCAAUCAUCAAAUUUAGAAUAACGUUCAAAACUCUAUAUUUUACUUUUUAAACAAACUUGACACCCAUAGUGAUUUUCUUAAAUCAUAAAAUAAUUUUGCUAUAACUGAAAACAUUCAAUUUAACUCUUUCAAACUCACUCCUGCAAGUUUUGUUUAUUAAAAUUACAAUUGA